AUGUCUCUAAAAUCAGCAAAAGCCAUCUGGGAUUAUCUCAAGGCAGAAUAUGAAGGAGAUGAUCGUAUCAAAGGUCUGCAAGUGCUGAAUCUCAUUAGAGACUUUGAGUUACAGAAGAUAAAAGAAUCGAAAACCAUCAAAGAAUACUCUGACAGGCUUAUGAUCAUAGCAAACAGAGUAAGAUUACUUGGUUCUGAGUUUAAAUACUCGUGUAUUGUUGAAAAGAUUCUGGUUACUGUACCUGAAAGAUUUGAAGCCACCAUUACCACUUUGGAGAACACCAAGGAUCUGUCAAAAAUCACUUUGGCGAAAUUAUUGAAUUCCUUGCAAGCUCAAGAACAAAGAAGGGUUAUGAGAGAAGAUGAAAUUAGAGAGGGAGAAUUGGCGGCCAAACAUGAAGAGAGUGGAAGAUACAAAAAGAAAAACAACAAGAAGAACCAGCUAACAAAUGGAAAAGAAGCAGCUCGUUACAACAAGAAAAAGCAAAGCAGGUAG